AUGGAGGAUCUGCGGCUGCCAGAGCGGAUGUUCGCUGCCGGCGAAGAACCUAAUGGUGAAAGGGUUAAUACAUACCACAAACCUAAGCGAAUCGAAUCCAUACUCGAGGCACUUGAUCCGGAAGAGGUUGAGUUUCUUCGUAACACCACGUUUGGGAAGAUCAUAUCACAAGCCGAAAACCCAUCAUUCUCCGGUAUCUUCGGGCAGUUCGUUAUUGUCCGUAUGCUUAGAGUGAAGAAAAAAUACGAGAUCUGGUUUCUCUUCGCCGGAAGACCUAUUAGGAUGUCUCUACACGAGUUUGCUCACGUAACAGGGCUUAAUUGCAAGAAGAUACCAUCAAAAUACAGCAAAAAGAGAAAGAAGAACCCAAUCAAAGAGAAGCUAUAUUGGGGAGAGUUGUUCGGAUCUCUCAAGUUCUGCCUAGGAGAUCUAGCAAUUGAGAUGUUAAAGAAAAGGGCAGUAAAGGACCGACAGAUGCAACUGAAGUAUGCCUGUCUCGCAUUUACAUCAUGCGUUCUACUCCCGACUUCCCAUUUCCCCCGUAUCAUCCCUGAACACGUUGAGAUGAUCAGAGAUUUGGAUGAAUUUCUUGCCUAUCCAUGGGGCAGAGUUUCCUUCGAGAUGCUCGUUACCGGGAUCAAGAAGAAAGAUGAAAUUCUACUCUCCCAACCCAGUAUCGCGUUGCCUGGUUUCGUGGAUGCGAUUCAGCUUGUUUUCAUGGCGGCUGUCCCUCAAAUCAAAGAGAUUGUUCCACAAGUUGAACCUGUCGUAGUUAUUGAAUCAGACAGCGAGUCAGACUCUGCGCUUAGUGACGCACAGGCAGAGGAAGAAGCUGAACAAACCGACCCUCAAACAGUCACACCACCCGCCGUUGUCAGAUACUGUAUAAACCCAAACCACGUCAAAGUGAUGGAUGAGGAAGCGAAGGUUGACAUGACAUCCAUUAUCGAGGAUACAACAUACUCUCCUGAAGAUCAGCUAUGGGAUGAUGAAAUUGAGGACGAGUAUGCUCUCAAUAUGCCCAACAUCGAGAACGCUGUAGCGUCAGAACGUCACAAACUGGAGGUGAACCUGGUCAAGGUCAUUCAAGCGGAAAUUCAGAAAAUGCAGGGAGCAGUGAUGCAGGGUAUUAUUGAUGUGCUGCGAAAACCAUACUCCGUGUUUCGUGAAGAUAUUGUCGUUGGAGGUCAAGGCGUUGGCGAUAACCCACCGGCUGCUAAAUCCACUGGCCCGGAUCCUGCCCAAAAAUUUAAUUUUCCAAGCGGUGAGACGAUGGGUGUUUUACCCAAUGUCCAAACAUCCUCCCCAACACAACCCUCUGCCAAUAAUGGAUGCCAUACCAACGUCGACGACCUCAUAAGCAGUGUGAUAUCUGACGUUGAGGGCUUCCCAAACCACCCAGAGGAGGAAUGUUAA